AUGGCGUCCAUUAUAAAUAUUUAUACUGCGUACCAAAUCAGGCGGAGUCCUUAUUGGAUAUGAAGCAAACUACGUAAAGUGUGAAAGUCAUCGUGUCAUACCCUACACAGUGCGUUCAGACACACAGGAAGGCAUUUGGACUUUGCAUCUGAAUAUCUGUACAAAGAGCAAUGUACUGCGGUGUGAGAGCUGCUGUUUUGGGAAGCAGGGAUCUGUGGUUUCCAACUCUGAACACUGUUCGAGCCAUGUCGUCUUCAGGAGGCCCGACGCCACCCUUCACCACCCUGUCAAUCACCCACCCAGCUAACCACAUCACUCAUGUAGAGUUGCACCGACCUGAGAAACGCAACUCCAUGAACAAGGCGUACUGGAGUGAAAUGGUCGAUUGCUUUAAUCAGAUUGCUGAAGACUCAGAGUGCCGUGUAGUGGUGUUCUCAGGUGCUGGGAAAGUUUUCACUGCAGGUCUUGACCUUAUGGACAUCGCUGGUGAUUUGCUGCAGCCCAAGGGAGACGAUGCAGCCAGGAUAGCUUGGUAUCUCCGUGCCAUUGUUUCCAAAUACCAGAAAACGUUCUCAGUCAUUGAAAAGUGUCCGAAGCCUGUGGUGGUGGCGGUUCAUGGCGCGUGUGUGGGAGCAGGAGUGGAUCUAAUCACAGCCUGUGAUAUUCGUCUGUGCACGCAGGACGCCUGGUUUCAGGUGAAGGAACUGGACAUUGGCUUGGCAGCAGAUGUUGGAACCCUGCAGCGUCUCCCUAAAGUGAUCGGCAGCCGAAGCUUGGUGAAUGAGUUAGCACUUACUGCAAGGAAAAUGUAUUCUGAUGAAGCCAAGAGCUCUGGACUAGUCAGUCGUGUGUUCCCUGAUAAAGACUCUAUGAUAGCUGGAGCUCUGGAAAUAGCAGGCGAGAUCGCCUGCCGGAGUCCUGUCGCUGUCCAGGGAACCAAAAUCAACCUCCUGUACUCCAGAGACCACAGUGUGUCUGAAGGCCUGGACUACAUGGCUACAUGGAACAUGAGCAUGUUGCAGACACAGGACCUCAUGAAAUCCGCACAGGCAGCUCUGGAGAAGAAGAGCCCUAAAGAUGUGACCUUCUCUAAGCUUUAAAGUAGAAGGAGAAGAUUAUUCAGGGCUGGUGGAAGCUGCCCAGUCGACUCAGCUGUGAAAUGGAGACUUCAUCCUCCACAUAUUUCUAGUUCUUCCUGCUAAGUCAAGUCUUUUUAUUACUGAUUAAAGAACUAAUUAUCGAGAUUAUUUGUUAAUGAGGUGGUUUAUUAUUCGUAGGUGCCUGGGACAGUGUAACAAAUGCUCCAAAGCUUGUUUCGUAUGUUAACAUGUACAUUUAGAUGAUGUAGAUUUUCUGCUGUUUCUGUAUGACUGGAGAAUUCAGUGCAAAUAACAGACUCAAUUUGUUUUGUCUUCCACGUGUGAUUUAUCGCUGAACACCUAAAGGUCUCAUUGCCUUUUUGUUUUUGUUUGUGAAUAAAAAUAUUAUAACUAAAGUAAAUAA